CUUCGUUUUUAUUUGACUCGCUUCCGGGUAUGAUGGGACACAAAUUCUUCAAUUCACUCUCUCGUCAAAAUGUCUGCAGAUCUUCGGAACUCAUCUGUCGCUCAGAAUACAACAACAUGGCCGCCGCCAUCCACAAGUGGUCUCCAUCGUCAAGAAUCGCGGAGAAAGUCUCCACUCGAAGCACAAGGUUAUUGCGAGGAGACUGCUUCAAACAGAUAUAAAUUGUCAAAGCAGCACAUUCGUCCAUUCCCCAAACAACAAUGCUGUUCUCUCUUUCUCUCCUUCUCCUUGCAGCUCUAUCCGCUGCCCAGACUAUCUCUGGUCCAUUGGACUGUUUACCGGCAGGAAAUUACCAACUCUGUCAAAACCUUUGGGGACGCACUUCUGGCGUUGGUAGUCAAUCCUCUACUCUUGUCUCCAAGGCAAGCAACAGCGUCGGUUGGUCGACCACUUGGAAUUGGUCCAAUGGACCCAAUGCUGUGAAAAGCUAUGCGAAUGUCGAGUCCACCGUUGCGAAGGGAGUUCAGCUCCAAAAUGUUGUCUCCGCUCCCACUACCUGGACAUGGUCAUAUUCCACCAGGUCAGACGGCAUCAGAGCCGAUGUGGCCUACGACAUCUGGACUGGAGUUCCGCAAGUGGGAACACCAGCGUCAAAAAACUCCUCGUAUGAAAUUAUGAUCUGGCUUUCUGGUCUCGGAGGAAUCCAACCGGUCGGUUCUGCCGUCACUAGAGGCAUCUCUCUUGCCGGACAUACAUGGGAUCUCUGGCGGGGUCCCAAUCAGAACUGGCAAGUUCUGUCGUUUGUGAUUCAGGACGGUGAAGCCACGAACUUCAACGUCGACUUGAACGAGUUCUUCAAAUACAUCAUUGCCAACCAAGGUGUUGCUCCCACUCAGUACAUCCAAUCCAUUCAAGCCGGAACUGAGCCAUUCACUGGAUCCGCCGUCUUGGUUACCUCGAACUACAGCGUCGCCAUCAACCACAAAUAGGUUGUCGACGAUGGUUCUGAAGAAGCCGAUUUGCC